AUGGGGUUGUUCUUCUCCCGCGAAGGACGCUCGGGCUUCUCCCGCGCCUCCACCGCGGAGGAGGUCACCGCCGGCGUCGAUGGCCACGGCCUGGUCGCCAUCAUCACAGGGGCGUCCAGUGGCAUCGGGCUGGAGACGGCGCGGGUCAUGGCGCUGCGCGGCGUUCACAUCAUCAUGGCCGUCCUCAAUGUUUCCGCCGGGCUCGCGGCCAAGGAGGCCAUCGUGGCCAAGGUCCCGGGAGCGAGAGUCAACGUGCUGGAGCUGGACCUCAGCUCUAUGGCGUCGGUGAGGAGAUUCGCCGCCGAGUUCGAGUCUCUGAACCUGCCCCUAAACAUUCUCAUUUCCAACACUUUCAAAGGCUUCAUGGCUUACUGUCAGUCCAAGCUUGCCAACAUUCUUCAUUCCAGUGAGCUGUCCCGAAUUCUCAAGGAUGAAGGAAUAAAUAUUUCAGCUAAUGCAGUUCAUCCUGGUGUCAUUGUGACCAAGAAUUCCAAGAGCAUGCCUAUCGUCCAUGCUCUAAUGGUCUCCUUUGGCAGAAUCUUCGGUAGAAGCAUAGAUCAGGUUAAGGGAAUAAGCGGGAAGUUCUUUGACAACUGUAACAUAGCAAAACCAAGCUCCCAAGCUUCUGACGCUGAGUUGGCCAAGAAACUCUGGCAAUUCAGCUUGCAAACAGUGUCCUCUUGA